AUGAUGUAUUCAUCUGAGACCGGCUCAUGGAAGACGUCCGGUGUGCCGUUCGCUGCAAAAUACAAGACACAGUAUGAUGCUGGAGUGUACUGGAACGGUGCAGUUAACUGGUUCAACUGCUGGGGGAUAGGAGAUUCAGUGUAUUACAAUGUGGACGAUGAGCGGUCGGGAAAUAUUCCCCUGCCGCCGAUCCCAGAGGGUAACGAUUGGUACAAUCGACAGUUCAGGCAUUACUGGGAAUCUCGGGGCCACUUGCAUCUGGUUGAGGUCUAUGAUCAAACGCAUAGGGUUGAUGUUCAGGAGCUGGAGAGAGAUUACUCCGGGUGGUUUUUGAAAUUCUGCGUCGAUCUUGAUGCGGUUGGAAUUCCGAGGGACCCCCAGUUUUGUCACUUUAGUAUACUCUGUGUUGUGAGGAUGGAAAGAGAUGAAGAGUCGUUGCUGGUGCUGCAUGUACCUGGUAAAAUCUUGCGUUAUUUCUUCGGCGAUGGGACUUUGAACAAGAUAUGCGACGUCGCGAUCCCACCGAGGUUUCGCAGCUGGGGAGGCAUCGAGAGUCGAUUGACAUAUCCUUGGUGUCGUUCUUUCCAGUACAAUGAGUCACUAUUUGGUGUUUAA